AUGGCAGACGACAAGCCUACCGAAUACGUCACCCUCGUCUCAAACGACGGCUUCGAGUUCAAGAUCCUCCGCUCAGCAGCAUGCAUAGCAGGCACGAUCAAGAAAGCUCUGGAUCCACUUUCUGGCUUCCGGGAAAACGCACAGAAUCGCGUUGACUUGCCUACGAUCAAGUACGUCUACUCCAACCAUGACUCCCUCCCAUUCUCGCUCCGUCCCGCUACAUCUCCACCAGAUUAA